AUGAGGAGAAGUCUCUUCUGGGUGAGCAAUGUGCACUGUUCCUCGUGUGUGGCAUAUAUCACCGAAGUCCUCUCCGAGAUCCCCACGGUCCAAGCCAUCGAUGUGUCGAUCUUGACCCACGAGGUGCGCGUCUCCCACGGGGUUGCUGUGCAGCCAACAGACCUGGUGGCUGCCCUGAUUCAUGCUGCCUUCGAAGUUCAUCAUGUGACGACCUUUGAUGAACGGGGAGCAACCGUUUCCGAGCUUGAUACCACGUCAUUUUUCUCGCCUCGUACAUCCUAUUCGAGCAUUUCAUCCGGUAUUAAAGAGCGACUUCAUACUGGCCGAGAGAAACGACACAUUGCCAACUGUGAUGCAUGCAAGAAAGAAGAAAUAGGACAAUCCUUCUCGUAUUCCUCUCACAGCGACAUCGGUCCUCCCGAUGAGAAGUCUCCGCGGAAUGCCGAUCAGCAUCGGAGUACUACAGCCUUGGAAGCAACACCAGGGGGUACGGUUUAUCCCACACCAUUGUCGACCGCGACCUCCGAAACACAAGCGGACCAGGAUGCAGCUUUCUCCCUGAAAGUUCCUCCCGCAAGUUCCGACAUCCCUCAAUUGCCACCAUCAGAGCCAAGCGAGGAGUUUGCAGCGCGGAUCAGCAUCGGUAGUAUGAGCUGUGCAUCCUGCGUCAACAGUAUUACUGCUGCUGUUCAGGAACUUGACUGUGUUAAAGAGGUCGCAGUCAACCUGCUCACCAACAGCGCAGCCCUCGUAUUUACGGGGCCUCGACGAAAUAUUGAAACGAUCAUUGAACAAAUCGAGGAUAUUGGAUUUGAAGCUGUCCUUGAUCAAGUCAAUCCAAUUCCAAAGCUCUCAAACCCUGGGCAAGCCCCCACAACCUAUGCGACCGAGAUUGCUAUUGCCGGCAUGACUUGUGGCUCUUGCGUUGGGGCCGUCACUCGAGGACUGAAUGAGCUUUUUUUCAUCCGUGAUGUCUCUGUCAAUCCACUAACUCACAGUGCCAAGGUUGAAUUCGAAGGCCGAGAGAACCUAGACCAGAUUGUGGAGAAGAUCGAGGACAUGGGAUAUGACGCUGCCGUCAACAGUGUUAGUGCUGUGUCUCAGAUCAAGAACGUGGCCAAGGCUGUACAGGCGCGGGCGAUUUCGAUCCGAGUUGAUGGAAUGUUUUGUCGCCAUUGUCCCGAAAAGGUCAUGGCAUCCUUGGAAUCAUUUCCAAACGUCACUGUGGAGGAGAUGCCUUCCGAAAAGAACCCAAUUAUCAGGGUCGUGUAUACGCCUGAGCCGCCUGCUUUGACUAUUCGAUCCAUCCUCGCGGCAAUCAAUGAGGCCAACAGUGUCUUCAAUGCUAGCAUCUACCACCCACCUAGCAUCGAAGAUCGCUCCCGAGCAAUGCAAUUGCAUGAACGACGGAGACUGCUCACCCGCCUACUCUUUGUCUUCUCUGUGGCAAUCCCGACCUUCCUCAUCGGAAUUGUCUUCAUGUCUCUCGUCUCACCCCAUAAUUCAAUCCGGAUGUACCUGGAGCAGACGAUUUGGUCCGGCAGUGUGACUCGCAUUGAAUGGGCCCUAUUUAUUAUGUCAACACCCGUCAUGAUCUACGGUACUGACGUGUUCCAUACGCGGGCAUUGAAAGAAAUUUAUGCUCUAUGGCGCCCUGGAAGCCGAGUCCCUAUUUCGCGGAGAUUCUACCGCUUUGGCAGCAUGAAUCUUUUGAUUUCGGCGGGCACGGCAGUUGCCUACUUCUCUUCCCUGGCGAUUCUUAUCGUCGAUGCGGUGGUUGGAACGAAAACCAGUGCUCAUAGCACAACCUACUUUGAUUCGGUUGUCUUCUUAACCCUUUUCAUCCUCGCUGGCCGCUUCUUGGAGGCGUACAGCAAAGCCCGAACUGGAGACGCCGUCUCGUCCCUGGGUAGUCUUCGACCAUCGGAGGCUUUAUUGGUCGAGAACCAGCCCGCAGAUACCGAUGUCCCCGAAGGCCCAGGUUUGGAUCGUAUCAGACGUAUUAGCGUUGAUAUCUUGGAGGUCGGCGAUAUGGUCCGCAUUCCUCACGGUGCAUCUCCGCCUGCUGAUGGCCUGGUUGUCGGUGAGGGCUCUUACCAAUUUGACGAGAGUUCUUUGACAGGAGAGUCCCGACCCGUCAAGAAAGCCGUGGGAGACCAAGUCUUCACCGGCUCGGUCAAUGUGGGCCAGCCUGUGCAGAUUCGCAUCACUGAACUUGGCGGGUCAUCAAUGCUUGACCGGAUCAUCGCCGUGGUUCGUGAGGGCCAAAGCAAGCGUGCGCCUCUAGAGAGGGUCGCCGAUUUGCUCACUUCCCACUUCGUCCCUGUGAUCACCUUAAUUGCUAUUCUUACUAUUGUCAUCUGGCUUGCCCUUGGACACUCGGGCGUGCUGCCCCGCGACUAUCUCGAUAUUGCCCGUGGCGGCUGGACCUUUUGGAGCCUGGAGUUUGCAAUCGCCGUCUUUGUCGUCGCUUGCCCCUGUGGAUUGGCACUAGCUGCGCCAACUGCACUCUUCGUUGGUGGUGGCCUUGCAGCGAAGCAUGGCAUCCUAGUCAAAGGCGGUGGUGAGGCCUUCCAGGAAGCCAGCCGCCUCGAUGCCAUCGUCUUCGACAAGACUGGUACCUUGACUGAAGGAGGAAGCCUCAAGGUAACCGAACACGAGGUCCUCACGAAAGACGAUGAGCUGUUGAAAGUCGCAUGGACCCUCGCUCGCAAACUGGAGGAGAGCAGUAAUCAUCCAAUCGCUCAGGCAAUUUCUGCCUUUUGUGAAUCACGGUCUUCGGCUAAUGUUGUGUCCUCUGAUAUCCAAGAAAUCUCCGGUCAGGGCAUGAAGGGUACAUUCACAGUGACUGCUUCGAACUUUGGAAAUGGAGAACAGUAUGAAGCCACAAUCGGCAACGAGCGCCUUCUUCACAGCGUACUUACCCCCGACACCGACACAUACUUCGUCUCCAGCCUGCUUUCGAAAUUCCAAUUGACUGGCAAAUCUACUGCCAUUCUGUCUUUGCGACGCCAGUCUUCCGCGCCAUCACCGUUUGUCCCUGCGAUUGUCUUCGCGACUUCUGAUACCAUUCGAUCUGAGGCUGUCGACGUGAUUUCUCAGCUCAACAAACGGCAUGUCGAAGUCUUCAUGUGCACAGGCGACAAUCAAACAACUGCACAUGCUGUUGCUGACAUAUUGGGUAUCCCUCGUUCAAACGUUAUGGCCAAUGUACUGCCCGCAGAAAAGGCUCGCUUCGUAUGCCAGGUUCAGCAAGGCGAGAUCCACGCAGCAACACCGGGCACUGGAACCCGCGAUCCGCAAAGCCAGAAGAAGACACGCCCCAUCGUUGCCUUUGUCGGUGAUGGUGUAAAUGAUUCACCCGCCCUAGCCGCUGCAGAUGUCAGCAUCGCAAUGGCAUCUGGCUCAGACGUCGCCAUCAACUCGGCCAGCUUUAUCCUACUCAAUUCAGACCUGAGUACAAUCUUGCACCUGGUAGUUCUCAGCCGUCGCGUGUUCAAUCGUGUGCGGAUGAAUUUCGGAUGGGCCGUGGUUUACAAUUUGUGCCUUGUUCCCAUCGCUGCUGGUGUCUUCUACCCGAUCGUUAGUGGACAUCACCAGAAGGUUGUUGGGGGCGAAACCAUCACCGUGAAUGAACACUGGAGGUUGAGCCCAGUCUGGGCUGCUCUUGCUAUGGCGCUGAGUAGCAUCUCAGUUGUGACGAGUAGCCUAGCCCUGAGGAUUGAUGCGGAGAGUGUGAAAAAGGUUUUUGGCUGGAAGAAAUGA